AUGCCAAAACAAGAACUCGAUGGCGAUGGUUUUCAAAUAGUUACAUCUAAACGUUGCACUAAAAAUAAACAAACCAAAGUUCCUCGCAAAGAGGUGGAAUUCAUAAAACAAGAAAACUAUAUUAACGUUGAGACAUCCUAUCAGCGAGUUUUGACUGCAGUAGACGAAAUAAAAGAAUCCAAUUAUUUUAGCGACGUUCAGAAAGCUGUGAGUACCAUAAUAAACGAUACAAUAAUAUCAGAAAUUGUUUGUUUUGGACUCGGUCAUAUCGGAGAGUGCAAUAUUUCUCGUUAUCAACUUGCAUUUUUAUUAUGUUUAAAGGACACUUUCAAACCACAAGAAGUGUUAGUUCAUGAUCCUAUAUUUUAUUUAGGUGAAUGUGAAUUACUUACACGAUUAGGUCUCACAAUAAUUGAGAGAAAUAAUGAGGGAAGUUAUGUAAUAUCUGACGUAAACAAAACUCUUGUAUAUCUACCUCAUUGCCCUAAGCAAUUAACAAACAACUUUCUUUGGAGUAAUUGGGGUGUCCAAUUAGAAAAUUGCAUUCUCCUUUGCAAUAGCUUCACAUCUUUAAUAGAAAAUCAUCCUAGUAGAAUAUUAUCUAAAAGUGUCCCUUACAUUCAUAAAAUAUUUCCUUACUUUGAUGAAAUUUUAUUAGAAAAUACUUUUAAUUACAAAGAUAUUUUUAAUGAUACUUCAAUUCAUUAUAUAAAAAAAGAAAAAUUAGCUAAACUAGACUCAGACUUUUGGGCAAAAAAUGAGAAGCCUAAAUAUGAAGAUUUAGAAGAAAUUAUAACAUCAGUCAUGGUUGAAAAAUUAGAUAUUUAA